AUGAGCGAGCUGGAUGAGACGACGCUUCUUCGCAAGAAGAUAGAAGAACUUGAGCAGAGCAGUCGCACCGAUCGUGCAGAUGCGCAGCGGGCGCGAGAGGAACUGCAACAUGCUACGCUCGAGCUGCGACAUGCUACCGUCGAGGUGCAGCCCACGACCAUUGAGGAAUGUCUGAAGUUAUGCCAUGAUCAUUUGCAGCUAUCCCUUACGGUCAGGGACCAAGAACAUAGCACUAGAGGCGGCGUGUCCGAUGUCACGUCAAAGUAUCGACCGCAGCUUAUACAGCCUUGCAAAGAACUACCCUUACUCCUCAACAAGCAGAUAGACAAAGUUCUUCAAAUUUUCCGACCCAGCAAAGGGCCCCCUAAGCGCCAUUUCAAGUCGAUCCAUGCGAUUCAGACUUCCCGUCAAUAUAUCAGAAAGGCUCUCGGGAGUGAGCAAGACAUGGACUUCUGGGAGCAAUUCGCAGUGCAGUCCCACGUUACGGAUUUCCUUGCAGUUCUUUGUACAUUGCCCAUAGGCGUACGGAAAGGCCUGAAGGGGUUGUCAGCCAUUACGUUUGAGAACCAUACCAAUACACUCUCAGCUUAUAGUCGAGGUCAAGGAACAGCAAAUAUGCCGCAGACUCCACCCCAACCCAGAAGUCGUGCAUCUGCACCCUUCGGCCACACCUCCCAACUAACGUUGCCUUCAAAUGCAACGACGUCAACUCCGACCAAACCAACGUUCCGUGACAUUGAUCAAAAGGUCGUCCGUGGAGAGAUUGAUGGGCACAAGCAACUCAUACUGUGUGCAGAAUUCAAGCCACCACACAAGGUCUCAAUCGAAUUGCUCAAAGUCGGAUUGCAUCUGAUAGAUACAACUGUAAUUCUUCGGCGAAUCAAAUACCCUACUGACAAAGAGGAGAAAUUUGCGGAAUAUGCAGAGACCAUCGUGGCAAAGAUUAUCACACAAGCAUUCGACGCAAUGGUGUCAGCCAAACUUCGCUUCGGGUAUAUCACUACUGGAGAAGCCUACAUAUGGUUGCAAAUCCCUGAAGAUCAGCCUACAAUUAUUCGCUAUCAUUUGACGACACCAAUCCUAAUGCCCGCCAGUACUCAGUCAGGCUUCCAUUAUCAUGGUACAGCCAUCGCGCAACUGCUAGCUAUGUGCCUUCUGGCGGCCGGAGCUCAAGAACACUCUCACUCGUGGCAGAAGAGAGCCCAGACUUUCAAGUGGGAGUUCAUAGACGAUGAGCGUCUGAAAGAGAUGCCAUCCACCGUCAAGACCCAUGCAACCACAUCGCCGUCAGAUUAUGCUAACGAUGAUGACAACGAUGAUGACAACGAUGAUGACGACGAUGAUAGCGGCGGGGAGACGCCGGUCGAGCAAAGAAAGACUCGGUCAAUGCAGCAAGGGUGCAAGAAUCCCGCCCUCGCAGCAGCCGAUUCAAGCGACAGCGAGACCGACAAUGAUAGUGAUGACGACAUGACUCCAACUCGUCAGCCGACCAAACGCCUCCUAUUCCCUACGUCCAAAGCACCGGCCACGACGAAACAGCCUCCGCAAUCCAAGCGCCAGGGCAAGGAAGCCCAUGUUCCCACCUCCCAGCGCCCAUACUGCUCGCGCCUCUGCCUUCUCAGUCUCGCUCGCUCCACCCCUCUCGACCCCAACUGCCCAAACUACGCCUCUCAUCGCCCAACGAAGUCUCCCCAUGACAGACCGACGCGCUCUCUCUACCACAGCAUCACAGCGUCCCAACUCAUCAACCGCUUACACAAAGAACUGGACCGCGAUCUCGACAGGGGGUGCCACCUCCUCCCAAUCCCCCACGGCGCCACCGGCUACCUGUUCAAGCUCUGCCUCUUCUCGCACGGCUACGUGCUCGUCGCAAAAGGCACAAUCCCCGAACUCGUCUACGCCCUGGUCGCCGAAUGCCAAUUCUACGACCGCCUCUCCUCUCUCCAAGGCGAUGCCAUCCCCGUCUGCCUCGGCACCCUUGGCCUUAGAUUCCCUUACUCGGUCUGGAGCGGUGUCGAUAGGAUCUGUUUCAUGUUGUUGCUAUCGUAUGCGGGCGAAGCGAUCGACACGUUUGAAAACAACGAUCAUUUGAGGUUGGUGAAGAAGGCUUAUAAGGAGGGCGUCUGGCAAGGGGACAUAGAACCGAGGAAUUUCUUGUGGGAGCCGAGGGAGGAGAGGUUGACGUUGGUGGAUUUUGGUCAUGCGAGGGUUUUGGAGGGGAAGGAAGGGAGGGAUGAGGGGGAGAAGGAGAGGGAGAGGGGUGGGAAGAAGAGGAAGAGAAAGGGAGUGUUGAGGGAGGGGGAUGCUAACAAGAAGAUGAAGAUGAUAGGGGGAAGUGAGAAGAAGGAGGGUGGGGAGAGGGAUAUGGGGAGAGCUGAGGAGAUUGCGUAG